UAACUCCGUGCUCGGUUGGUGGCUGGGAGCAGCCGUUCUGGUGGACGGGUCGCGUUUAUUUAUGUUGUGGAUUAGUGGCGGAGGUGAUCGAGCGGCUCUCCCCUCCCCCACCUCCACCCAAGAUGGCGGGUCUCUCUCUGUAUUACGAGGACACCCAGGACGAGCUGGAGGAAUUUGGGUUUGAGGAGUACAACACAGACAGUGAUGGAAUAAGGAUAACGUCAUUCUUGGAUUUGCCAAAUCAAGAUGAACUGACUCCUCUUUCCAGAUUGGAGAAGUAUGCUGCCAGUGCCAAUGUCUUUAACAGGCAGAUUGUUGCUCGGGGGCUCUUGGAUGUUCUGCGAGCUUUUAGUGACGACGAGAAAGAUUUCAUGGCUGUUAUGGAGACGAUUGUUAGACUCUCCGAAGAUACAGAGCCCACUGUACGUGCUGAAUUAAUGGAACAAGUGCCACACCUCGCCAUGUUCCUCCAGGAGAACCGGCCAUCUUUCCCGACGGCUUUUUCUAAGUAUCUGGUGCCUGUGGUUGUAAGAUACCUCACUGACCCCAAUAAUCAGGUUCGGAAAACAAGUCAGGCUGCCCUGUUGGUAUUACUGGAACAGGAGCUGAUCGACCGGACUGAUGUAGAAGUAAAAGUGUGCCCAGUUCUGCUGGAUCUUACAGCUUCUGAAAGUGAUGAUGAUUAUAAGAUUGAAGCUGUAGCAAUCAUUUGUAAAAUGGCCUCCAUAUUGACCAGUGAAAUAACUGAGCGUCUGCUGCUAUUUCGAUUUUGUGAACUGUGCAAUGAUGGCAAGCUGUUCCAUGUUCGUAAGGUUUGUGCAACUAAUUUUGGAGAUAUCUGUAAUACAGUUGGCCAGGAAGCAACUGAGAAGUACAUGAUCCCCAGGUUCUUCCAGCUGUGCUCGGACAAUGUCUGGGGCAUUCGGAAAGCAUGUGCAGAGUGCUUCAUGGCAGUGUCCUGUUCUGUUUCACCUGAGGUGCGCAGGGCUAAACUCUCCCCACUCUUCAUUAAUCUCAUCAGUGACCCUUCCAGAUGGGUCCGCCAAGCUGCGUUCCAGUCUCUAGGUCCAUUUAUCUCCACUUUUGCCAAUCCAUCUAGUGCUGGCCUGUAUAUCAAGGAGGAUGGUACACUGAGCAUUAGACAGCUGGACAAUAGCGUUGCAGAUGUCAGUGCCUCCUCCAGAGAUGCAUCUGAAAUUCAGAACCAAGGCACUUUGCAGGAAGCCACUUCAUUAAGGAAAGAUGAAUUGAGCAGUGUGGAAAGUCUGCUUCAGCAAGAAGGGACAUCUGAACCCCAAGGAAAUAUUCAAUUAAGCUCUAAUUUGGGCAGCCAUGAUUGUCAGAUGAAGAUACCACUGUCUGAUCCUUCAAAUAGUACUGUUCCUGCUUCUGUCUCAGGUGAUCGGGCAGCAAUGGACCAUGCUGUUGGUAAAAGCAAAAGUACCACUACAAAUGAACGUCUAGAAGUAGCAAUUGCUAAAGACACUGGGAGGAUUUGCACCACAUCCCCUCUAGUAAAUGUGGAGCAUUCUGUAGACAUGUUUAAUUCAUUUGUUUAUUGGAGAUCGCCUUUACCUGACAUCAGUUUUGACUUGGAGCUGCUACAGUCGGUGGUUAAAGAGGAACGGCGAGAUCAGAGUGUCAGCUCUAUUUCAGGGACACUAUCUGAAGGUUCCACAACAAGCAGUGAACUGGAGAAAGUGCUGGAGAGCUUGCAGGCACACCUGGAUGACCCUGAUGUACAAGCGCAGGUACAGGUGAUUAGUGCUGCACUUCGAGCUGCACGAUUGGAUUCCGCACCAGAUGAAGAUUUGUUGUCUGAUGCUGAAAAUACAGAAAUAGUCCAGGCUGAUACAUCACUCUUCAGCCCAGCACUUGUUGCACCCACAGAUACCAUGUGCAUCAAGAAUGAUGUGUCAGUGGGUUUGGACACAGCAGCUGAGGUUACAAGGACGUCAACUGAGCUCUUAGUUGAAUGCUUUGAAUCUAAUGAAAAUGAACAGAUUGUGAACCUGAGUAGUGAUACGCAAUGUGAUACUGGGUCAUUGGAGAUAGAACAUGAUGACAGUUUGCUUUUUGGUGACGAUCAAUCAAAAAUACAGGAUGUUAUUCCACAGCCGUUGCUGGACCAGUACCUGUCAAUGACAGAUCCCUCCCGAGCUCAAACCGUUGACACUGAAAUAACAAAGCACUGUGCAUACAGUCUCCCAGGUGUGGCUCUAACCCUCGGCAGGCAGAAUUGGCAUUGUUUAAAGAAUACUUAUGAGACUCUGGCAUCCGAUGUGCAGUGGAAAGUCCGGCGAACACUGGCCUUCUCAAUACAUGAGCUGGCUGUGAUCCUCGGUGAUCAGCUAACUGCAGCUGAUCUGCUUCCCAUUUUCAAUGGAUUCCUGAAGGAUCUGGAUGAAGUGCGAAUUGGAGUCCUGAAGCAUCUGUACGACUUCUUGAAACUGCUUCCUAUGGACAAGCGCCGUGAUUACUUAUACCAGCUCCAAGAGUUCAUGGUAACAGAUAACAGCAGGAAUUGGCGUUUUCGAUAUGAAUUAGCAGAACAAGUAAUUUUGCUGCUGGAACUGUACAAUCCCAACGAUGUGCAUGACUACUUGCGACACAUCGCUCUGUCACUCUGUUCUGAUAAGGUUGCUGAGGUUCGGUGGAUUUCCUUCAAGCUGGUGGUAGAGAUCCUAAGGAAGUUCUAUGCAUCUGCCACAGAGUCAUUAGCUGUGAACUUCAUGAAUGAACUCACUCUUCGGUUUUGCCACUGCGCCAAGUGGACUGGACGGCAGGCAUUUGCUUUCAUCUGCCAGGCGAUAGUGGAGGAAGAAUGCAUGCCCGUUAAUCAGUUUGUGGAGCACCUUCUUCCCAGCCUGCUUGGUUUAGCCACUGAUCCGGUCCCGAAUGUUCGGGUGCUGCUGGCCAAGGCACUGAGGCAUACUUUACUGGAGAAAGCGUAUUUCACAGAGGCCGAUAACCCUCACGUAGAAGCUGUUGAAGAGAUCGUUUUGAUCCUGCAAUCGGACAGAGACCGAGACGUGCGUUAUUUUGCCAGUGCUGAGCUCCGGAACAACCCCGCAAACACCACCUCCUUCAUAAACUGAGAACAUUUCCAACAAAGUUGUCCGAUUUCCCAACCACACGCAGUUGCUGAACUGGUGCUGUGCUGGUUAGCCCUGCCUCCGGCACAUGGCGGAGGCGACACGUUGCAGCAAAGAGGGCAUUACGUUGGUCUGCAGGCUGGGUCAGGACUGGAGGAUGCAGAGCACCUUCCUCUUUGUUAAAUACGGAGCUUUUAUUAAAGAGGGGAAAAGGAUUCCAGAUUGCGCUGGUGUGGAAUUCACUAACAGGUGGUGACUGCAAGAGCCAUGUUUCCUUGACUGUUUUUGAAUCAGAAAACUAAUGUGAAAGUUCCUUUAUAUAAGCACCCUUUGACACAACUAUUUUUAUUUGCUAAUACAGUACAGUUGUAUUUCUACAAGCAAACUAAUUUGGAAGUGGUUACAGCAUGAUAUCUUUUCUAAAAAGAAACUCCACUCCUAACCUUUCUAAUUCUGUAUAUAUCCCCCAAGUGACAUUUGUAAGUUUCAGAAAGUGUGUGAGCACAGUGAUUUUUGAGCACAGUUUUAACUUUAUGGGAACUUGCCAAUUAUCUUUAUUGUUCUGCCCCACUUCUCACACAUACUUGUAGCUAUUUUCCAUUUCUGCCUUGAAAGCCACACAGUGCGUCUGGUUGGCUGGUUAAACAAACGACUUCAACUCUCCUGCUGGGAGAAACUUGAAAGGGAAGUGGAGCUUGUACUCCUUUCACCACAGGCUCCCUUGCCUGCCUACCCCAACUUCUUUGAACAUCUGAGCCAGUUUAGUCAUUCGAAAGUUGACCAGGAAGGUGAAGCCAGCGAAUUGGGAUUAGCCAGACAGCUACAUGGGUGCAUUUUAACUCUGUAAGUUCGCAAUGUAAUCGGGAACACUGGUUUUGAGUUUGAUUAGCACUGAGAAUGCAAUUGAUACCACUAAUGACAAAAGGCUAGAGGACUGAUACACAUUCAGGUUCGAAUGGAGUAAAUGUGAAGUGGAAUGAACUUUUAAUCUUUUUUUAAAAAGUUAAUUUAAUUGCUUUUAUACUUGGAUCAGCUGCUCCAUAUCUUCUGCUGAAGGGAGUGUAAUGAGUGCUUGGAGAUGGAACUGCAGGAUACUCCCAAGGUAAAGGAGAAGGACAUUAGACCACCUAAUUAUUUGGUGCUGAAUUUGGCUGGAGGACUGCUGGUACCAGUCUGGGCCUGCUUCAAUAUCCACCACUGUCCCCACCAAGGCUCCUCCUCUUGGAGGCACUCAAACUUCACUACAGUGGAUGGGUUCUGGGCAACUGGUGUCAGGGAACAAGACAGCUGGCUGGGUGCAGUGGGGACCUUGGUUCUGCCUUUAUGAAAGUGAUGGCAAUGACCUUACCCAGUGUAGGUGGAUUCUUCUCUUUGGAAAGGCGGUGUUGGGUAUCCCCUGAAUGUGCAACCUUUCUCUGUCCUUGUUUGUCAUCUGCUCCUCCUCCACACAUUAUGGUGAAAGAAAUGGCCUGCAUCAGGAAUUCUUGCCUUUUGCACUUACCUUGUUUUGAUGCCAACUUGUAUUACCAAGCGUUUUUUAUUGAAUGGUGUAUAAGAAUGAGGUUUUUGUAUAGUGUAAAGGCUGAUUAUAUUGUAACUAUAGUUGCAAGUUUGGGUUUUUACAAUUAACAUUAAAUACUGUGUUGCUGU